UUGCAGCUGAGGAGGACCUAUUCCCAGGAAAGCCUGGGAAAUUUUUCUCAUCUGGACACAUUGAUUGUCCCUAUGGUGACUGCAGAAGGUCGCCUUGGGGCAUAGGGGAGGCAGUGGAAUGUGUGCAACAGGGGUUGUUUUGUGAUUUUAAGCACCAAAAAUACUUUGUGCAACAUGUUGCUUUUGUGUGUGUGGGGUGAUAUUUAUGACCUCUUCACCUGAUGUCAGCCCACCCAGAGUGCACGAAAAUCACGGAGAGAAAGUGCACGGAGCAGUGGCAGUGAGAAUGAGGCUAUGGGCUGAUCAAAGAGCAAGAGAGAACACAGAGAGAAAGGCAUUCGCGGAGAGAAUUGAGCUUGAAGAUGGAACUUUGACCCCUUUUUUUCUACUACAAAGCUGCUACGCUCAUUCCCUACACACCAUCACGUUUUGCACGGUAUCAGAAAGGAAUUCCAUGUGUGGGGAAAAUUAACAAACUAAUCCCACCGUGAAGCCCGUGUGACAAGAUAGCAAAGAGGGGAGAAAAGUUCCCCUUGUGCGGGAGGAGGAUUGCGUAAUCCGCGGGGGUACAGAGUUCAGCGUGAAGAGAGAAGAGAACAGGAAAGUGUUGCUGGUGUAUUUGUCCCCAUGUGAGGCCAUCAAGUUACCAGCUGGUGGAUUUUAUAGAGUUGUUUGGACGAAUGUAAUUAGCUGGUGCUCUGCUCUGGACGGUCUAUAAGAAGCUGCAUCAUGAGCUGGUUGAAGCAAAUAAAACAAUCAACGCCGAUUCACCUUUGCCUGGCUGUUACCUUCUUCACCUCCGGCCUCGUCAUCAACGCCACACAGCUGGUGCUCUUCGUCACGGUGAAGCCCUUCAAUAAAACCCUCUACCGCUCUCUCAUGUACUACCUUUGCUACUCACUCUACAGCCAAAUUGUGUUCCUCACCGAUUGGUGGUCAAACAGCCGCCUUAUCCUGUACAUUGAUCCAGAGGCCCUGAAGAAGUAUUUUGGGCAGGAGCACGUGAUUAGCCUCAUGAACCACACGUAUGAAAUUGAUUGGCUCAUUGGGUGGUCGUUUUGUGAUAAAAUUCGCGUCCUGGGAAAUUGCAAGGCCUACGCCAAGAAGGUCAUCCAGUUCCUCCCUAUCAUUGGAUGGGCGUGGAAGUUCUCGGAAUUUGUAUUCCUCGAGAGAUCCUUUGACAAAGACAGAGAACUCAUUGGGAGACAAUUGGCCAAUCUUCUCGCCUAUCCAGAUCCCAUAUUUCUUCUGUUGACGCCCGAGGGAACGAGAUUCACAAAGUCCAAGCACGAAGCAUCAGUGAAGUUUGCCAAGGAGAAAGGACUCAUACCUCUUGCUCAUCAUCUCAUUCCACGUUCCCGGGGAUUUACAACGAGUUUACCACACUUAAGGGAUAAAUGUCCGGGGAUUCUUGAUGUUCAGCUGGCAUUUAAAGUUGAUGACAAGAUUGCCCCAACAGUGUCGAAUCUUCUGUGCGGGAGAAGUGUAACGGGGUACAUGUACAUCAAUCGAAUUGACAUGAGGGAAGUUCCGGAGAAGGAAGAGGAGGCCGCAGAGUGGCUUCAGGAGCUCUUCAGGCAGAAAGAUCGAAUGCAGGAGAGUUUCCACAAAACAGGUGACUUUUUCGCCACAUCUGGGGUCCCGCGUGUGCCGCAGCAUGAGUUUAAGCCACGCCUGUCGACACUCCUCAAUACCGCCGGAUGGGCUGUUGUCACCAUCACCCCAAUGACCUACUAUUUGGCCAAAAUGCUCCUCAGUGGCGAGAUACUUUUCUUCUCAAUUGGUGCUGGAAUACUCUUAACUUUCCAUAUUUUGCUGCAAAAGGCAAUUGGGAUGUCGAAAAUCAGCAAAGGAUCAACGUACGGGGCCACCCAGACGAAUCAUCAGUAGGUGCAUCGUACGGGCAGGGGCGCAGGGAGCCUCAGAAAACUGUACAAAAUGUUAUAUAUUUUGUAUGUUCUGUACAAUUUAAUUUUAUUUUCGAUGCGAGCUUCCUUGGAAA